CCAAACUAGAAGUACCAAUUUGCGAAACCUAAACAACACAGGAACCCGCGUCUCACUCUGCUCUGAGUUGCCCCUGCUCGCGCCUCCGUCCACUACCGCCGUCCAAACCACCGCUUCCUCCGCCCGUCUUCGCCGUCCGUCCAGUCCGCAGCCGUCGAACCUCUUCCAGAUUCUUCUCUCACUGUAGAUUGAGACUUCCGAGUUUCAAACACACUCUAACUCGGGUGAAAAAUGGGAUUAUCUGCGAAGAAAUCGAAGAAAAUGAGAAAAAGUGACAGUGAUUCGGAUGAAUACAAUGAUAUGGACUACAAUGAGGUGGAAGAUGAUUAUGAUGAUGAUGUUGAAGAGGAAGAGGAGGAGGUAGAUGGAGAGGGGGGGACAGAUGAGGAAGAAGAUGGGACGGACGAGCCAAGUAAAUGGAAAAAUGAUGAUGAUGAGAUGGAACAGCUUGAGAAAGAGUACCGGGAUCUUCAUCACCAGGAGCUAGAUACUUUGAAGAACUUGAAGCAUCAUAAGGAUGAAGAUUUCCUUAAAGGUCAAGCUGUGAAAAACCAGAAGGCCCUCUGGUACAAAAUUCUUGAGCUUAGGUUUUUGCUUCAGAAGCCAUUCACAAGUUCAAAUAGGUUACCCCAGGAAUCGAUCAAGACUUCAUUCUGCGAAGCAGAUGAGACAGUGGGAGUUGCCUAUUCAGAUCUGAUGACUUCUACCAAGGAGACAUUAGAUUCUAUUGUGGAACUACAAGAGGCUCUGUUUGCAAACAAUCCAUCAAUUACUCAAGCCACAGAUGGUUCAGAAAGGACAUCAAAAGAUUUAGAAGUUUCUAAGCAUUUGGAUGACAAUCUUGACCAAGAGUGGUCACAGAUUUCUCAGAGACACAAGAGUAUGGCAUCUUUCAGAGAUAAGUCAAUCAACAAAUGGCAGAGGAUGACACAAGUGACAACUGGUGCUGCCGCCAUUAAAGGAAAAUUACAUGCUUUUAAUCAGGAUAUCAGUCAUCAAGUCGCUGCUUAUAUGAGGGAUCCCAGUAGAAUGACCAAGCAAAUGCAACUGAGAAGAUCAGCUGUUGGUAUAUUUGGAUCUGUUCCAGAGGUUAAUGAUAGCUCUAAAGAAGUGGAAACACAUGCUGACGCUGAUCCUGAACUUCUGGACGACUCUGAAUUUUAUCAGCAAUUAUUGAAAGAAUUUUUGGAGACAGUUGAUCCUUCAUCAUCUGAGAAAGCAUUUUAUGCUUUGAAGAGAAUGCAACCAAAGAAAAGAAAAAUUGUUGACCGUCGCGCCUCAAAAAGUCGCAAGAUAAGGUAUAAUGUCCAUGAAAAGAUAGUAAAUUUUAUGGCUCCUCAACCAGUGAAUCUACCUGAUAUGGCUCCAAUGUUAUUUGAGGAUCUGUUUGGAUUGAAGACUCAGCGUUCAUCUGCUGCAGCCUCAUAAUCUUGGUUGUUGGACUGAAAUGUUGGCCUCAAAAUUUUGCCCUAUUUCAUACCAUAGUAUAUAUUGUACUGAUUUAUCUCCUACAUAAUGUUGAUUACUAAAGAUUUUUAUUUUUCUCCUCUCAAGCCAAUUUUGCUGUGAAUCUAUUCAGGAACGUAGUGCCCCUUAAGACACUAGCAUACUAUUAUUUUAAGGAUAACAUUUGGAUCAUGUAUGUUGUAUUUUUUUUACGAUAAAGUUCUUAAUUGAAACAA